AAAUUAUAUAUGUAUAUAAUAGGACUGCCAACCUGCUCAAAUCAGCUGCGUCGCUUUGGCAAAUAUUUUCAAGCAAAAAUAAUGGGUGAAGUUAAACCUAUAAAAAUGGAUAACUGGACACCAUCCGAUGCAUCUACUUUAUUUGCAGAUGGGGAGCGGGUGCUCUGCUUCCACGGGCCGCUUAUCUACGAAGCCAAAGUGCUGAAAACAAAACCCGAAAGUUCGCCGGUUGAAUAUUACAUUCACUAUGCGGGCUGGAGCAAAAACUGGGACGAGUGGGUGCCAGAGAGUCGUGUGCUGAAAUACAAUGAUGAUAACGUUAAGCGGCAGAAGGAACUAGCACGACUCCACGGCGAACGCUCUAAGAAGGACAACAAGAAGGGCAGUGCAAAGGCCAAGAAAAUGGAGCAAGUAGGCAAUGAAUCUCGUGCAUCGACGCCGUCCAAGGAUGGCAACACAUCGCUUCCGCUAAGUGGCAUGAACAGCAGUAGCAGUGGCACCGCCAGCACACCCGCUGCCACUGCACCGGCUACGGCCAAGAGCGAGAGCAAUAGUAGCAGCAGCAGUACAACCACCACCCACACCACCAACACUACGACCUCCAGCAGCAAUAGCAGCACCACCACUACCACCAGUACCUCAAGUCGCAGCAAUCGCAAAUCCACACAAGCAUCAGCUCGUCCCAACACGCCCAGUGCCGCUGGUGCCGGGGACAAGAAAGACGAUACGGCCAUUGCUGCGGAAACUACGGAAGAUGAGCUCCCGACACCAGCGCCGCCAAAGACCAAACGCAUGAGCUCACAAAAUAGUAACAGCGAGUUGCAGCGUACGGCAUCCUUAACCGGUGUUGCUGCGGAUGCAAGUACAACGGCAGCAACAACAACAAUACAUCAGCCAACAGCAACAACUACAACAGCUGCUACUGCUGGUGCUGCUACGACUACUACAACAACCACGUCUACGACAGAAGCGCCUUGCGUGGAGAGUGAGGAAACGUAUACCGCCAAGCUGGAGGUGAAAAUCAAAAUACCCGAUGAACUCAAGCAUUAUUUAACCGAUGAUUGGUAUGCGGUGGUGCGUGAGCACAAGCUCGUCGAGCUCCCGGCCAAGGUGACGGUGCAGCAGAUAACUGAACAGUAUUUGGCGCACAAGAAAUUGGCCCGAACUACCAGUGCCAGCAAGGAGGUGGCCAUUAAUGAUGUACUCGAUGGCAUCAUGGAGUACUUUAAUGUGAUGCUCGGCUCACAGCUACUGUAUAAAUUCGAGCGCACCCAAUAUGCAGAUAUAAUGCAAAAGCAUCCGGAUACGCCGCUGUCCGAUCUGUACGGCUCAUUUCAUCUCUUACGACUGUUUGUGCGACUUGGCUCCAUGCUGAGCUACUCGGCGCUUGAUCAGCCGGCAAUGCAAACGCUUCUGGUUCAUUUGCAUGAUUUUCUCAAGUUUUUGGUGAAGAAUAGCGCCGUGUAUUUUACUAUGGCUAAUUUCAUCAAUGUCGAUCCGGAAUAUGUCCGUAAUGCACAGUAGCUAAAGCGUUAACCAGCCAAAAAUGGAUAGCUUGAAUUGCAAAUCAAAUCCGUGUAGCUUCUAGAAUGUAAUUUGAGAGUUGCUUUACAAGAACUGGCUUGUAAAAUAUAUAAACAUUUAUAACAACUUUUUGUAUAAACCAAUAAAAGCUUAUGCAGCCUCUUUUAAAAUUA